UAAUAAUUAAUAUUUAUGAGCAUGAACUUUAAUAAUAAUGCAUCUGAUGUUUCCCAAGACAUUUGGGACUGCACAGAUGAAGUCUUCGAUGACCAGGAUGAGUGUUCUCCUCAGAUGCCUAACUUCACGAAGCAAUUCACUAACACUCUGAAAGACAAUAAAGGCAAGGCAAACAUUGCUGAUUUCGAAGAAUCAGAGGAGGUAGCAGCUAUGCCUGAAUUCAUCAGACAGUUGCCAAGCGAUGAGGAACUUGCUGCCCAACUGCCUGCUCAACAGGUGAAGAGGAGGUCUAAGAGGAAGCUCAAGGAUUACAAACCAAACACCUAUGACGCUAAGACUUCUUCUACAUGGAGAGGACUUAACCUGACGAAGAAGGACAAGAAGCUACUAAGACGUCUUCCUUCGGACCAGAUUCUCAAAGUGUUGUUCACUUAGAGAAUUUGCCAGUAACUAAGUCUUAUGACUGAUAAUUUGAUAACUUAUAUAAUAAU